UGUCUUUCUAUUUAUAGAUAUCGACGAAUGUGCUUCUGCCCCUUGUCAAAAUGGCGGAGUGUGUGUUGAUGGAGUUAAUGGUUACGUGUGUAAUUGUGCACCAGGCUACACUGGCGAUAACUGUGAAACUGAAAUCGACGAAUGUGCUUCCAUGCCUUGUUUGAACGGAGGAGAGUGCAUUGAAAUGGUUAACGGAUACACCUGUCAGUGUGUAGCUGGCUACACUGGGGUUAUUUGCGAGACUGAUAUUGACGAGUGUGCCAGUGCCCCUUGCCAGAAUGGUGGUGUGUGUACUGAUACCAUUAACGGAUAUAUCUGUGCCUGUGUGCCAGGAUUCACCGGAAGCAACUGCGAGACUAACAUCGACGAGUGUGCUAGCGACCCCUGUCUAAAUGGAGGUAUCUGUGUGGAUGGAGUCAAUGGUUUCGUCUGCCAGUGCCCUCCCAACUACUCUGGAACUUAUUGUGAAAUCUCACUUGAUGCAUGCAGGAGUAUGCCAUGCCAGAAUGGCGCCACGUGCGUAAACGUUGGAGCCGACUACGUCUGCGAAUGCGUACCAGGAUAUGCUGGACAAAACUGUGAAAUUGACAUCAACGAGUGUGCUAGUCUUCCAUGCCAAAACGGCGGUCUAUGUAUUGAUGGUAUUGCUGGAUACACCUGUCAGUGCCGUCUAGGAUACAUCGGUGUCAACUGCGAGGAAGUUGGUUUCUGCGACUUGGAGGGUAUGUGGUACAACGAGUGCAAUGAUCAGGUCACCAUCACCAAGACCUCUACAGGAAUGAUGCUUGGAGAUUACAUGACUUACAAUGAACGUGCCCUCGGAUACGCAGCCCCAACCGUCGUGGUCGGUUACGCCAGCAACAACUAUGACUUCCCAUCUUUCGGUUUCACGGUGGUCCGUGACAAUGGUCAGUCUACUACCAGUUGGACCGGUCAGUGCCAUCUAUGUGACGGUGAAGAGGUUCUCUACACCACCUGGAUCAACACCAACAUGGUCAGCACCUGCCAGGACAUCAAGAAAUCAAACAUGGUUGGCCAGGACAAAUGGACGCGUUAUGAACAGAGCAUCGCACCUCAGCCUGAUGCAUAGGCAAUUUAACUACAUUAAUAUUGUAACAUGAAUAACAUCUAGUACUCGUCUUGUAAAUUUGUUUGAAAAAAGUACUAGUACUAACUUUUAUCGAAUCUUUGCACUUUUUAAAGUAUUUUAAACAAAUGUCAAUGAGUCACAUGAGAUACUCGGUUUUGCAGUUAUCAUAGAUUGAAAAACUAUUUUUAUCCUGAGAUUAUAGCUGUACAAAAGUUUUACAAAUGUAUGUUAUGAAGUAUUGAAUAAGUAACAAGCAUAUUCAUGGCGGUUAAACAUUUCACCAAAUCAGUAUUUCUUCAAAUUUUAGUCUCCUAGUUAUUCGCAUUAUUCGUAUAGCUUGUUCUGAUUCCAACCUGGUUUUAUCAUACAAUAUAUUAAUACCUUUUUGUUUUUUCAUAUUAUAUCACUUUUUAUAGUAUUAAUGCGUCAUGUUUUUAAUAGGAUCAUUGAUCAAAUAAAUUUUGUAUUAAAUAAUUAACGGUCUUGGAAACAAAAUGUGAAUAUGUCUGACUGUAAGCACUGCCUUGUUUUUAAACAUUUUUUAUCAUUCGUUUUUUAAAAUAAAAUGCUGCGAAGACCAAAUAU